AUGUCUUUCAACCGAUCCCAAACCGACAGAGUAAAAGCCACCGAACUUCUCGUUCCUAUUUCCGAUCGACAAUGCCCAUUGGUUUUUCAUGAGAUCUAUGAUGUGAAAUUUUUCGGCUUGGAAAAGUGUCAUCCGUUCGAUGCCGGAAAAUGGGGCAAAGUGCAUGCGAAGUUGAAAAGUAUGUUCAUAUAUAUUCAUUCGUUCAUAUACACUAUAGACUUAUGCUUAGGUCUAUUGUAUACUGGAAUAUACUUCUUUCUUAGUUACCUGGCGAGCCUCUAUUCACCGUGUGUUCUUGCUAAAGUGAUUGAAGUACCUAUUGCUUUUAGAACACUAAGUGGUUGUUCUUUAAUUUGUUUUAGAUAUCAAUGCGGAGGUACUGUAGCCGCCUGUCGAAUCGCACUUGAUCGUGGCUGGGCUGUUCAUCUCGGUGGAGGUUUCCAUCAUGCAUAUCGGAGUUCUGGAGGUGGUUUCUGUGUUUAUGCGGAUAUUUCACUUGCUUUAAAGAUAUUAUUCGGUAUGAGGCUGAUAGAAAAGGCCAUGAUUAUUGAUUUGGACGCUCACCAGGGCAACGGACACGAGCGUGACUUUGGUGAUGAUGAACGAGUAUUUAUAUUAGACGUCUACAAUCCACGAAUUUAUCCACGAGAUCAUCAAGCAGAGGGAGGGAUUUCUCAAUAUGUGCACGUCGGAUCAAUGACUUCUGAUGCUGAGUAUUUGAGGUUGGUGUUGAUUAAACGCCAUUUUUCUGCCGCAUUAUCACAGUUUAAAUGUGAUUUGGUGGUGUAUAAUGCGGGAACAGAUAGCCUUGACAAUGAUCCACUUGGUUGUCUUUCUCUCAGUCAAGAGUGCAUUAUCAGAAGGGACGAGCUGGUGUUUGAUCUGUGCCGACAGAAUGAAACGCCAAUCGCAAUGUUGACGAGCGGCGGAUAUCUAAUGGAGAGCGCUGAUGUUAUCGCUUCUUCGAUUCGGAAUUUGCACGAGAAACAGCUGAUACAGUUAAAAACGUGA